CAUUUAGGCAGAAGUCAUGUGAGCUCCUGAGCUGCAGGGACAGAGACGGAGGAGAACGCGUGCAUCAGAGCAGAGUGCUGCCGGAGCCCUGGCAGGGGGAGAGGGAGGCAGAGAGAGCCUGGGAGGGAAAAGGCGAAGUGGUGGGAGCUGGAACAGCAGCAACUGCUGCUAGCACGCCACUGCUCCUGCCCGGGAAUUGGCUCGGCUGCCAGCACGCAUCUCCAGAGGUGCAGGUGCCUCAGGUUCAAAAGUCCGAGAAGACCUGUGGUACUUCCAGGAGCUACGGUGGUGCUUUUUUUCCUGUGAAGAACAUCUGUCUGAGGACUCUGUUCCUUCCUCUGGACUGAAAGAGCACACUUGCCUCCUGCAGCCUGCGCUCUCCUGCUGGUCUCUCUCCUGCCCGUGGGGGCCGUGGCCCCUAUGGAUGCCCCCGUACAGAUUUUCCGUGAGGAGCCGGACUCCACCUGCUCGCCGGGGCCCUGUCGCCCCCCCAGCACCAGCAGCAGCUGGCCCCUGGGCUGGGCAGACUACGACAACAACGCCACCGGGGCCUUUGGGGACAGCCAGCACAACCACACCAGCAUCUCCCCUGCUAUCCCCAUCAUCAUCACCGCUGUCUACUCAGUGGUCUUCGUGGUCGGCUUGGUGGGAAACUCUCUGGUCAUGUUUGUCAUCAUAAGGUAUACAAAGAUGAAGACAGCAACCAACAUCUACAUUUUCAAUUUGGCUAUGGCAGAUGCCCUAGUUACCACAACUAUGCCUUUCCAAAGCACAGAGUACCUGAUGAACUCUUGGCCAUUUGGGGAUGUGCUGUGUAAAAUAGUUAUUUCGAUCGACUACUAUAACAUGUUUACCAGCAUAUUCACACUGACCAUGAUGAGUGUUGAUCGAUACAUCGCUGUGUGUCACCCUGUGAAAGCUCUGGACUUCCGUACUCCACUCAAGGCGAAGAUAAUCAAUAUCUGUAUCUGGCUGUUGUCCUCAUCUGUUGGUAUAUCUGCAAUAGUUCUCGGAGGUACCAAAGUCAGGGAAGAUACCACGAGCACUGAAUGCUCCUUGCAAUUUCCAGACAGAGAUUACGUGUGGUGGGACAUCUUCAUGAAAAUCUGUGUCUUUGUCUUUGCAUUUGUUAUUCCAGUCCUUAUUAUAAUUGUUUGCUAUACUCUGAUGAUCCUGCGCCUUAAAAGUGUACGGCUUCUCUCAGGGUCUCGAGAGAAAGAUCGAAACCUGCGCCGCAUUACCAGGUUGGUUCUCGUAGUUGUGGCAGUUUUUAUUAUCUGUUGGACUCCUAUUCAUAUUUUUGUGCUGGUUGAAGCAUUAGGGGAUGUGUCCCACAGUACUGCUGCUAUAUCCAGCUAUUAUUUCUGUAUCGCUUUGGGUUACACCAACAGCAGCCUCAAUCCAAUCCUGUAUGCUUUUUUGGAUGAAAAUUUCAAGAGAUGUUUCAAGGACUUCUGCUUCCCCCUUAAGAUGAGGAUGGACAGGCAGAGCACGAGCAGAGUCAGAAACACUGUGCAAGACCCAGCUUAUAUGCGGGAAACAGAUGGGACAAACAAACCUGUAUGACUAGUCGUGGAAAUGUCGUCUUACUGUCCUCAAGAGAGAGAAGAAUCCAAUGAUCUAGGACUGACGCAGAUUACCACUGCAGUUUGAGCUAGACUCACCUAGACAGAUAUUUUUGGAAUACUUAAGAAAUCCUAGUAGUUUGAACUAAAGCAAGUUAUUUAUUGACAAGCAAGAACCUCCUGAAACUAAACUCAAAUGAAGAGGACCUGAGGUUUUGGCAUCGUGUUUUCUGUAGUUGAUCGGGUACUAAUGCACACUUUUGAGGAGAGGAGAGAUGCUUAAUAUUGUACCACUUUACUCUGGAUAAAGAAAGCUCUGAGUUUCCUCUUUACGCUAUAUAAUAUAAUAUUAAAUGACAUUUGGCUAUAACACCAAGUUAUGCCAAAAACAAAGUUUUGCCCCAACAUUGAUUGCUUCUGAAGUAUGUAGUUUGACAACUUGAUUUAUCAUACUCUUUUACAGUGAAGAGUGUAGGUUUCUGCAGAACACUGCCAGAACUAUAAUCAAUAUUAUCCUCAACUAAUAUAUUUGUAACUUUUGUCUGUUCUGUGGAAAUUCAAUUUAAGCAUGAUCUGCCUACAUACCAAAGUGAUUUUGUUAUGUCUGUAUAUGGUAAAGCAUUGCAGUAUUUAAAAUACCGAGACUUAAGGAAAAUUGUUAGCAUAUUUUUGCAUGUGUUGAAUCACCUCUGUGUAACAUUUUCUAUGUGUGAUUUUCCAAGAUGUUUGUAUACUUAUGAUUGUGGAUAAUGUAAUAUACAUUUCCAGAGUGUAUUUUCAACAAGAGACUAGAAAAUUGUACAUUCUUCACUUGUUAAAAAAAUGAUGAGUAACUGUGCCGCAUUCAUUAUAUGGGAAUAAAUAAUCACAUUCCAUUUUCAGUAAAGGGGACAUACUUAAAAAUAGUUCUGUACUUGUUUUCCUGGGCAACUUGUAAGCAGACCGAAAUAAAUAUUUGAAGAGUUGUUAGAAACUACUGAAUUAGCAAACACAUUAACUGGAUUGAUAAAGAGGAGAUGAAGAUUAAAUAAGCUGGAUGGUUUAA